AUGUCAGCCGUCCAGGUCCUAUUCGACCCUACUCCCAACAUCUCUGUAGCACCAGAGUCCAAGCGUAGGGGAAGUUGGGUUCCCAUCAGACGCAAGUCAGAAUGUCCCCUCGACGUAUCCAUCGAUAGACAUUUCGAAGCCAAGAUCUACACAUCAGGCUCUACCAUCACAGGAUCAGUCUCACUCUCACCCCAAGCAAGCCUCACCGUCGAUGCCUUCGAAAUAGUAUUCACCGGCACUUCAUCCACUAUUGUCCAAAUGCUGCAUCAAGGAUCUACACCAAAGUCUUCUCAUAAGUUCCUUUUACUCAGAAUGCCAAUCCCCGAAAGUGCUCUGCCAGAGAAUGGAGUACUUGAGGCCGGAUAUACCUACCAAGUCCCAUUUUCUUUCGUCAUUCCCUAUCAACUUCCUAGCGCGGCUUGUAAACAUCGCGACCCGAGAAUUCGGGAACGCCAUUUACAUCUACCUCCAACAGUUGGCACCUGGGAGCACGACGACAUGGCGGUUCACACUGUUUGUAUCAAUUACGCUGUCGAGGCUCGUGGAUCAUUCAAGACAGGCAAAAACAAAUCCAUGACCUUGGAGAGAACGCACCCCGUCAAAGUCAUGCCUUUUGUAUCCGAGCAGCCUCCCCUGCAUAUUGUCCCUGGCAACCCUCGUUAUAUACUGUCUCAAGAGAAGACAGUUCGAAAGGAUAUCCUUUCGUCCAAACUGGGCUUCAUCAGGGCAUCAACCAAUCAGCCUGAUUCCGUCAUCAUCACGGCUGAUAAACUUCAACCGGCAGACUGCUCAUUCGAUAUCAAUCUAGAAUUCUGGCCGAAUGGCAACAAAGAACCACCAGAGGUAUACGCAAAGUCAGCCGCUAUCAAAGCAUCAACAUAUUACUCAACAGGUCAUAUGAGUUUCUUACCAGACCAGCACAACUUUCCCAGCGUGAUGCCAAACCCUAUCCUGAGUUUCGUCCUUGAUGAAGACGCGAAAGUCAGUUCACCCAAGCCUAGCUGGGUGCCUACGUCCUCCUCAUCAAAAUCUUCACCGCCAGUCUCUCGCAGAGGCUCAGAAAACUCGGACGCAGGCAUUGAGCCAUCGCGAAUUACCUCUAGGAGAGGUUCCAAGACUAGUGAUAUCAUCAAGUCAGAAGCGCCAAGAUAUACAGCCACACUUCCCGUCUCCAUUACGCUGCCAAGCCCUGACAACAAGAUUUUGCUACCUACCUUCCAUUCCUGUCUCAUUAGCCGCACAUACGUACUUGAAGUAGUUCUUGCUUCCAGAGCAUACGGCUCGAGCUUUACUUUGCGACUUCCUCUGCAGAUCGCUGUUGAGGGACAAGGCGAGACUGGAGUUAACCAUGUACCAACCUAUGAACAAGUUCAAGCGAACCAGGAUCUAUUUGAUACGCUUCCCACUUAUAAUAGAGGGUUUUGA